AUGCCUAACUCACGGCGUCCUGCUACAACAAAUAAUUUCAAUAGCACUCACGGUUACCAGUUCAACAACGCAGGUAGUGGCAUACAGAUUAACAACCCUACUUUCAAUGGCGAUGCAAACUUUGACCGCGAUUCUUGGGUUAAGCGCCAAAACGAAGUCUUGAGAAGCCUGGAUGUCGCGCCGCAUCGUGACCAGAGACCCCACGCAGACGACGGAAAGCGUGAUACUUUGUAUGCCUUCCUCGAGAACCCGGCCUACCAGUCGUGGCAAGCCAGUGAAAGCUCGCAGGUUCUUUGGGCCGUUAGCUCUGGAGUCGACAAGUCCGUUAUCACUGCCUACCUGGCUGAUUCACUCCCUACAAAAGACGGAUCCCGAGCAACUGGAUACUUCUUUUUCAGAGGUGGAGGACACAGCGAUGACCUGAAUAAAAUUACAACCGCACUCUGUUGCAUUCUUCACCAAAUCUUUGACCAGGACCGAACCUUGCUGACAGAGCGUAUUGUUAAAAAGUUCGAGUCCCGCCAGUCAAUCGUCCGCGACUUCCAUGGGCUCUGGGAUAUCCUGCUGAAAGCCGCCGAGGAAAAGAGGUCCGGCAAAAUCAUUUGCCUCUUGGAUGCUGUGAAUGAGUGCGAGCAGAAAGGACGGGCCAAUCUCAUAGAAUCGUUAAGCGCGCUCCUUUCAAGCCAGGGCCGUUGCAGAUGUAAUCUGAAGGUCUGGAUUACGAGCAGCUCGACCGGACUCGGUCAAAGCGACUUGCACUUUCUAGAAAGACAGGAAUUACUCAUUCUAUAUAUUGGUGUCGUGCGGGCUGGUGACGAGGCCACUGUGUCACCAACGGAGGCCGAUGCCGAAAUACCUGCAUCACUGGAUCCAAUGGUCUACACGCUGGCCAGUUUCUACUUUCGUAUGGCGGAAAGAAAGAUCGACACGUCCCUCGGACACUGGAAUAGCCGCCUCCAUUACAUACAAGCAGAGACUUUGAACUCAUUAGCCUACCUUGCUCUUUCUAUGCAAGCAGAAGGAAACUAUGAAGCAGCGGAGCGCCUCCUCAGAACAGUAUGGCAACGGUCCGACAAGGUGUUUGGGCGUCCGCAUCUCGUCACGAUUCAUCACCAGGGAGACCUCGCUAUGUGUAUACUCCUUCAACGCAAGUUCCGGGAAGCAGAGCAAAUAUUUCAUGACAUCGUCGCCAAGCACGAACGUCUGAGUGGGAGGUUCUCAGAGCGCACCCUCUACGCUUUAUGGGAACUUGGAUGGUGUCAACUCGCGCAUGGAAGGAGUCUUUCAAAGAUGGCAGAGUCUCGACGUAUAUGUCUGCAACAUGCUGAAAUGGUGUUUCGAGAUGUCCACGAAAGACGCAGGCCACGGCAGCAAGAUAGUCCCAACUUCGAGAAAAUAGCCGAAGACCUAUUGUGGCUUGGCAGAUCGCUAUAUGAACAACAAAAACACGAAGACGCGCAACGGUGCCUCAAGGAAGGUCUGCAACCCGGACUUGCCCGCGACGACCUGCUAUCGAUCCAAAUCCUGUGGCUACUCGGGGAAUCCCUACGCGAGCAAGAGAAAUAUGCAGAAGCCGAGGCGGCCUACCGAGGAUGCCAUGAGGAGCUACAUGCUCACGAACAGCUACUGGCCCCGGAUCAUCGUGACACAGUCCCGAGACUUGUGGUUUUGAACAGAAUUGGGACCUGUCACUUGGCGCGAGGGCGGUUCGAGGAUGCAAGAAAAGCAUUCCGGGAAGCCUACGAGGGACAAUUGAAGACAUGGCGUCAUGAUCAUAAAGAAACGCGGCACUCCAAGAUGGGGCUCGAAACCGCCGUGGCUUGUCAGGAGACGAUUAUGUACACUCUAUUUGAUUCGCAGACGGAAGAUUGA